CAAUUAUCACUCUAUCACCAAAAUUCCCAUCUCUGAAGCCCUAUCCAUAGCCAAAGAUAUUUCUGCUCUUCAGUUCAAUCAACCCAUUCUUUCUCUCUCUGCCUCUGCGAUUCUCUUCAAGCUUUCCACUAACCUUUUCAUGGAAAAUAUUCUCUACCACCCAUCACCCACAUUGGCUGUACCCCGAUUGACCCAUAGCCUUUGUCUGAGACCCAUUUCUAGAUUCAUCUGCAAUUUGCCCGGAAAACCCAGUUUGGGUUGUUGUUUCAACACUAGGAGGAGGCCCGGCAACGUUAAGGCGAGUGCUGGCGCGAGUCACUGUGAGUUCAGUAGCCUGAACUCGCCGCUAGAGCCGAAAUCGCAUGUGGGUAAGUUUCUGAGCGGUGUGUUGCAGAACCACCGCCAGAUGUUCCACGUCGCGGUGGCGGAGGAGCUCAAGCUUUUGGUCGAUGAUCGAGAUGCUGCAGCUGCUCGCAUGGCGCUCACCACAGGUUCCGAUGAGGACUUGCUUCACAGGAGGAUUGCACAAAUGAAAGAGCAUGAGUGUGAAAUUGCAGUACAAGAUGUCAUGUAUUUGCUGAUUUUUUACAAGUUUUCAGAGAUCAGGGUUCCUCUGAUUCCAAAGCUUUCUAAAUGCACAUACAAUGGCAGGCUAGAGAUAUUGCCUUCUAAAGACUGGGAGCUUGAGUCCAUUUACAGCCUGGGGAUUUUGGAUUUGAUUAGGGAGCAUGUGACAAGUAUGACCGGUUUGAAAGCAAAAUCUAGUGUGACUGAGACCUGGGCAACAACUGAGAUUCAGGAAUUCUUGCUUGCUCGAAUUUAUGUUGCCUCUAUACUAUACGGUUACUUCUUGAAAUCGAUUUCAUUGAGAUACCACCUAGAACGGAGCCUAUCUGUCGCUAACCAUGGUGAUCACAGGACCACCCUUACAAUUCGCGAUCCACACGCAUAUGAAAUCAAAGAUAUAAUCUUUGGCCUAAUGGGUAACAAUCAAUCUGUAGGUCAAGGGGUAAUGAAGCAGGAAGAGGAAAUCAAAGAUAUGAAAUGUUAUGUGACGGGAUUUCACCCAGGGCUGUUGGAGAGAUUUGCCAAACUGAGAUCUAAGGAGGCUGUGAAUUUGGUGGAAAGUUAUAGCUUGGCACUUUUUGGUAAUGAGGAAUCUGGUUUGGUUGAGAGCAACAAUGUGAUUUUGACUUCAUUUUCAACUCUGAAGAGGCUAGUCUUGGAAGCAGUUGCUUUUGGGUCAUUCUUGUGGGAGACAGAAGAUUAUAUUGACAGUGUAUAUAAGCUUAGAGAUAACUAAAUAGCAUAAAUUAAAGUCACAGGUAUUGUGAUUUAGUUAGGUUCUGGUGCGAUGACUUUGUGUAUAUACAUCAGAGCAUGUUCUUGGCUUUCAACUUCUGGGAAAUCUUUCUAUUGUACAGGUUUCAGAAGCCUGAGUAAUGUAUAGUUUGAAGGCUUGAUCUUUAUUUAUGAUCACUGAUGCCCAGAAUUUUAAUAAUAUAGACUAUAGUGACAGAA